AUGUCCUACUUCCGCAUAACCCUAAUGCGCUCUGGCAUCGGCAUGCCCCAAAAGACCCAAGGUGUACUGCACGCCCUCGGCCUCCGCAAACGCAUGACGACCGUCUACCACCCCGUCUCACAGUCUGUCGCUGGCCAGAUUAUGCGGAUAAAGGAGUUGGUGGAUGUCAAGGAGGUGGAGCAGCCCAUGACAAAGCAGCAGAUGCGCAAUGCGAGACGGCCGGACCCGGGGUACUAUGUCGAGACGAGGGCGGGCGAGGCUAUGAAGGGGUAUGAGUGA